CUUAUACUGAAGUCCGCCUUAAGCAUGGUCUUAAGCUAGCGUUUACAUUCAUAGACGCAAUCUUAAGAUAUGCUUAAAAGUUUGAUCUUAGCCAAGAUGUGCAAUUGGAUAGAUAUUCAUAGUCAUCGCUUAAGACGAUCUUAAGAAUUACAAACAGUUGAUGUAUUCAUAGUCAAAUAAGGUCAUCUUAAUAACCUUACUUUUUACUCAAAACGAGAGUUUUUUUCAAGUCAACAUUUUAGUAAACUUAAGACCAUCUCAGUUAACAUUGAGAUAAUGAAGACAUAAUUAUACGUGCUCCAAAACGCUAUAUUCGAGAUAUACAAGAUCCUUUUGAUUUUAUUCAGAUGUUGAAUUUAAAAAGCGAUACAGAUUUGACAAAAACAGUAUUAUGUUUAGAAUAUUACCACUAAUAGAACCGAAUUUAUCUAAAAUAAAUAAUCGUGGAUUACCUAUUCCACCUGUAUUUCAAUUGCUAAUAUGUUUGCGAUUUUAUGCAACUGCUAGCUUUCAGCUCAUCCUUGGUGAUACUAUGACAAUUUCCCAACCAACAAUAUCUAGAAUAGUUUUUCGCGUAAGUGUUUUACUUGCAAGCUUGUUUAAUGAUUACAUAAAAAUGCCACAAACUCAAGAAGAUAUAUUAGAAAAUCAGAGGCUUUUUAAAAACCUAGGAUUUGGUAAGGGAGCUAUUGGAAUACCUGGUGUUGAUGGAGCAAUUGAUUGUACUUAUAUACGAUUAGUUCAUACAAGAUUUCAAAAUGUCGAUGAAAUAUACAGAAGUCGGAAAAGUUAUUUUUCUCUCAAUGUACAGACAGUUAUUGGUCCAUGAAUGGAAUUUUUAGAUAUUGUGCCAGAAUGGCCUGGUAGUGCUCAUGAUAGUAGAAUUUUUCAAAAUUCUCGAAUUUACAUGAGAUAUUUAGAACAUCAACUAAAUAGAAUAUUAGUUGGUGAUGCUGGAUAUUCAUGUCUACUCUUCUUAAUGACACCAAUCAAUAACCCAGUAACGGAUUAAGAAAUCACGUAUAAUAACAUUCAGACUAGGACACGAAACAUAGUGAAAAGAACUUACGGUCUAUGGAAACGACGAUUUCCUUGUUUAUCAAGAGGAUUAACAACCAAACUUCUUUGUUCAACCACAAUUGUUGUAGCCUGUGUUGUAUUACAUAAUAUGUCGUUAAGAUUUAAUGAUAAUUUACCAGACGAUGAUUCAGAUGAAGAACAAGAUGAAGACGUACAUGUACCUGAACCAAAUUGGCAACCUGCUGAUGGUUUUGCAUUUCGUGAAGCAUUAAUUGAGCGUAUGUUUUUUUUAUUACAUAAUUUUCUACUUUUUCAAAAGCAGACAUAAUGAAAUCAUUUGUAAUUGUU